AUGUCUGAUAUCAAUGUUGUUAUCGACUCGUUUAUCGACAGACUAAAGAGAAAGCAGGUUGUUGGUUCAUACCAGGCCGCUUUGGAAACAUUGCAGAUACUUAUGAGAUAUGUUUCAGCUAUUAGAUGGACCUCAACAGAUGAUCUAAUAACGCAGAUCAAGAAGUUCGGAAACAGUUUAGAAAAAGCACACCCAUAUGAAUAUACUUGUGGUAAUGUCGUGAGGCGUGUGCUGUCGAUGAUUAGAGAUGAAAUCGACGAGGAGCAGAAUACAGCGGAGCCAAUGAUAUCCUCGAUGUUUAACCUCCUACAGAAGCCAAUGACAGAUGCCAAGGUAAAAAAAACACAGGAUACCCGUGUUGAUGUUCGACAAACAAUUGUCCAAUCCAUACGUGAUCUUAUAGAUGAGAUCAAGAACAUAGAUGACGGUAUUCAGCAAAUCGCAAUUGAGUUGAUUCACGAUAAAGAGAUUCUACUUACACCAACUCCAGAUUCUAAAACCGUGCUACGUUUUCUAUUGAAGGCUAGGGACCGUCACAGCAGAAAUUUUACUGUUUUAGUGACCGAGGGUUUCCCAAAUAACACCGCUGUAGCCCAUGAAUUCGCUAAAAAGCUAAGCGAGCACGAUAUAGAGACUAUCAUCAUUCCAGACUCAGCGGUAUUUGCACUAAUGCCUCGGGUGGGUAAAGUUAUUUUAGGUGCUAAGACUGUGUUCACUAACGGUGGUACCAUAUCUUCAACUGCCGGUGUGUCAUCUGUGUGCGAAUGUGCUAGAGAGUUUAAGACUCCAGUCUUUGCGGUAGCCGGUCUCUAUAAACUAUCUCCAUUAUAUCCAUUCGAUGUUGAAAAGAUGGUGGAGAUUGGAGGAUCGCAGCACGUGCUUCCCACAACCGAAAAUGAUAGAGUGGGGACUGUUGCGUUGGAAACUAUCAAUCCCAUAGCAGACUAUAUCCCUCCAGAGAAUAUUGAUAUAUUCAUUACUAAUAUCGGUGGGUUCGCACCAAGUUUCAUCUACCGUGUGGUAUGGGAUAACUACAAACAGGAAGAUGUUAACCUUGAAGAGAAAAUAUAA